AUAAUCUAAGCAAUAUUUAUGACUCUCCUUAAAAGGGUUCAAAUGAAACUGUCCAAUGAAGACAAAGCAAACCCUUCUAAAAACUAAUUCUUAUUGUAAUCUUUGCUUUGGAUACUAUCUCUUGUCAUCCAAUGAUUCAGUUAUACUCAAACUCCUUUUUCUAUUUCUUUACUGUUCUUCUUACUUCCUUUCUUCACCUAACCCUUCUCCUUUUUUUUCCUUCUUAACCAGUUAACACCUUUUUCGGCUUUUCUUUCUUGGAGAUUCUUGUCAUCAACAUCAUAGGUUCAAUCUUUAGUUUCAGUUUUUUUUUUUCGCAUAAAAAAUGAAACUUUUUAAUAUUAUAUGAGGUUGUGUGACAAAUCAGGAACUGGGUCACUGAAAGGUAUCUAUUUUCCAAUUUUAAUUUGAUCACAUUGUUCAUCUUCUGUAAUUAAAGAAAAAAAAAAAGAUUUUCCCCCUUAAUUCCUUGGUGGGGUUUGUGCUAUUGCGUGUAUCUGUUGUUAGGAGUUUGUUUAAGGUUUGAGAGUUUAACAAAUUUUAAAUGGGUUUAGAUGAGAGCAGAGGUAGUGUUGGGGUAUUGGAUUCGGUUCAUGAAGUGAUUGCAAUUGAUGGGGAAAUUGGAACUUCAAGAGAAGUGGGUAUGAAUUCAGGAUCCAGUAACGAGGAGGCUGAGGAAGUUAAGGUUCAGGAAAAGUAUGAUGAAGAAAAUAUUCGUGACGAAUUGCCAGUUGCUGAUCAAGAAACUAGUUAUGAUUCAAGCAAUUCGGUUAAUCAGGAAGUGGUUGAGACAGUUGUUGUUGUAAUAGAGUCUGUUCAUGUUCAGACUGAGUAUGUUAAUGGAGAGGAUAGGAAAUUGGAAGCAAACCCUGAUGAAUCAGGGCUUAGUUUGGUUUCCAUGAAAUCGCCAAAAGGGGAGUCUGAAAUCGAUAAAGAUUCUUGUGUGAUUGAUAUGAAGUGCAGUAGCCACAAAGGGUUUUCUGAGAACUCACAAGGUGAAAGGAUUUGUAGGAUUUGUCAUCUGGCUUUUGGGCCAGCAUCAGACGCAGCAAUUGUCGAAAAUGCUAGUGCUACAAGUGGAGAUUUUAUUCAACUUGGUUGCGCGUGUAAAGACGAGCUCGGCAUUGCUCAUGUUUAUUGUGCUGAAGUGUGGUUCAAGCUCAAGGGAAACAGAUUAUGUGAAAUAUGUGGUGAGACUGCAAAAAAUGUUUCGAGUGUUACUAACAACGGACCUAUGGAAGAGUGGAAUGAUAGAAGAUUCAUGGACAACGGAGGUAACUCAUCCCGCAGAUUUGGUGGAUGCUGGCGAGCACAGCCGUUUUGUAAUUUCUUGAUGGCGUGCCUGGUAAUAGCUUUCAUUAUGCCAUGGUUUUUUCAUGUAAACAUGUUCUAGCUUCGGAAUCAAACACUUAUAUAUUUCUUCCCUCUUCAAUUCUUUAUACCUAUUAAUAAAUACAGUGCCGUGAUAUCAUCGAAUUUUACUUCCAUGCUACAAUUCUUAGAGAACUCUUGUGUGGUCA